AUGGGGCACGAGUGCGAGAGGGAAUGCCGGCUGGGAGACACCCGGAUCUGCAAGUACGAAUUCCAUCUGGAGCUCUACCACACGCUGAGUCGAGCCUGUCACGGAUGUCCGAACGUGACCGCGGACUGCUACCGUCCCGACUGCAUAUCGGGUGACGGUCGACCUCGGCCCGUCACGGUCGUCAAUCGACGACUCCCUGGACCCGCCAUCCAGGUGUGCGAAGGAGACGAGAUUCAGGUGUUGGUGAAGAACGGGUUGAUAUCGGAGACGACGACGAUCCACUGGCACGGGAUCCACCAGUCCGGACCGGGAGCGGCAUGGAUGGACGGGGUCCCCCACGUCACGCAGUGCCCGAUCCUUCCGGGGACGUCCUUCCUCUAUUCCUUCCGGGCGCAUCCGGCGGGAAGCCACUUCUGGCAUUCGCAUUCGGGCGUCCAGCGGGGAGACGGAGUCUACGGGGCCCUGGCGGUCAGACGGGCGAGGAUCGCGGAUCCCCUCGCUUCCCAUUACGACGAGGACGCGGACUUCCUCGUCCUCGCCGACUGGUUACCCGAGACGUCCGUCGCCAACUUCGCGUCUCACCACCACGCCUCCGGGGACAACAAACCCGACGGGAUCCUCGUGAACGGACGCGGAUGGCCUCCCAGAGCCUUCCCUUACCGUCCUUCCCCUUUCCGUCCCGUCGCUUCUCUUCCGCCUCUCGCGAACGUGACCGUGAAGCCCGGCAAGAGACAUCGGAUACGGGUGAUCGGGAACGGAGUCCUCAACUGUCCCCUGGAGAUGCUGAUCGACGAUCAUCCGCUGACCGUCGUCGCCACCGACGGCUUCCCCGUCCGACCCUUCGUCGUGGAUUCGUUCGUGGUGUACGCGGGGGAGCGGACGGACGUGGUGGUGAAGGCCGAUCGGGAGCCCGGUACGUACUGGAUCCGGAUCCGAGGCCACAUCGACUGCGGAGUGAAUUUCACCCGAGCGUCCCAAGUCGCACUCCUCGUCUACGAAGGAGCGGAGUCCCUCUCCUCUCCCUUUCCGUCCUCGCCGGUCGGCUUCCGAUACUUCCCUCUGCCCAAUCGGACCUACAACGGAGUGAACGAGGGCCCGGGGAAGGUGGAGGAAGGAAGAUGGACGGCGAGCGAAACGACGUGGAUCGGUAACGACGGGGACCUGGAUCCGGCCUGGAGGAAACCGGAUCCCGAUCGCUUCUUCCUCCUCACUUUCGACUUCUACCCCGUCCCCCAUUCCUCCUUCUACCAUCAGGAACACUACCCCGUCGGUUCUCGUUUUCCACCGCCGCGAAGAGAUGGGCACGCGAACGCUCUCGUCGAUCUCCGCCGAAUCCGCGACGGCGGGAGAAACGAACCGGAGACGAUCCGAGAAACGCGCUCGGAACUCGGCGAGCGAGAGGACGAUCGCGGUUCGCAGACGUCCGGAUGUUCUCCGGACGGGCCACUGCGACGGAUGCCAUCGCCCCGGAGCACGUCUCCGCUUCGUCUCGAAGACCGAGUCUUUGACGUCGCUGCGGGCCGGCGAUGCAUCUCUCGCACGCACCCUCCGCGCAUCGUAUCGGUGACGGUAUUCGACGUCGGCAUCGUCGUUCGAGGAGCGCUUCCGCAUCGAAGGGGAAGUUUCCUCGAUACCGUCCCGCAGAUCGGGCGACCGCGAAACGAGAACGACGAAGCCGUUCGACCCGAGGGAAGCGUCGCGUCGGGCCGGAGAUUUUAA